AUGGGUGCUUCCAACUCGAGAGGAGAGAAAGCGAUCGAUGUUCGGCUUGCGGCACCAAACCACACUUCAGUGCAUGGAUAUGCCGUAUUCAUGCAAGUGACUCUGAAUCGACUGUUUCUCUACCAUGGCAAGUACUCGAGCCUACUAGAGCGAUCCAAAUGUUGUCUCGAAUCGGAAAACUUAUGUGCUCCUCUCCCAGUGAGGCAUCACAAGGGCUGUGUAGAAACUUGGGGUGCUUCGGAGGGUUUUCUUAGCUCGUAUCUUUAUCCACUUCAGGCGGCUGUGAUAACUAGGAGUAUUUGUGACAAAACCCGUGAACUGGGCUGCCAUGCGAGGCAUUUUGAAGCUGUACAUGAGGGCAGUGGUGCUGCUGAAUUCCGGCGACUGCUAGGGCUCGGUAUAGGCAAGACAAAGGUGCCGAAGGAAUAUGUGCCAGACAAUCUGCUCGAUUUAUGCGAGCCAUUUGAAAAUGUUGCCGCUCGACUUAAUACUGCCUACGAAAUAUCCAAAGACUGUGCAUUACAUCGAAUUUUGGAAGCCGAAAUGCCUAAUUAUUCGAUGUUGCAUUCCGAAAAGGUUUCCAUUUAA